GACUGAGUGUGACCCGCUGCAGGAGGCGACUCCCGCCACGAGGUGUCACUAGUGAAACAUUAAGACCGUGAAACACCAGCGAAGAAGCGGGUGUGAACACGUCAUUUCCGGGAGGUUACGGCUCCGCUUUGCUGAGCACCGACGGAACAAAGCUGCGCGUGUUACUCGGUGCGUCGCCGCGUGUCUCGGCUUCGCACAGGAUCACGUGAGUCGAGCGCGCGCCUCUUACGCCGCCAAAUGAAGAAGAAGAAGAGCGCCGAGAAAAGGCGCCACGUGGUGGCGUGGGCCAACAAAGCCGAGUGGGACCAGGUCCUGGAGUACCUGUACUCCAAGGACUGCGCCCUGCAGAGGUUCGCCCUGCAGAGGGUGUCGGCGUGGAGAGGCCGGUACGCCAACAGCACCCCCGUGGCGGUGGACUGCACAGCGGACCUGGUGCGGUGCCAGGUGCUGGACAGGUCGGGACAGCUGGACGGAGACGAUCUGGUCCUGCUUUAUGGGGCCGGCCUGGUGAGGUUCGUCAAUCUGAUCACGCAGCGACAGCAGGGGAAAACAGCCCGCCCGCUGAGGCGGCUGGCGGGGCACCUGAACAUCCCCGAGUGGGUGGUGGACCUGAGGCACGCCGUGACGCACAGGAAGCUCCCGACCCUACAAUGGUGCCGAAAGGGAUGCGCGGUGGUUCUGGAGUGGCUCCAGCAGGCGUACUGGUCCAGGCAGUUGGGAGGAGGGCCCAAUGAGGGCUGGGAGUCCGAGUCGGACGGAGAGCAUGAAGAGGCGGACCUGAAGUGCCAGGAGGAUGAGCUCAUCGCGAGGCAGGAGGAGAUGGAAGCCUACACGAAUGCGCGGGACCUUCUGAUGUCCUUUGAAAAGGAGCAGUACCAGGCUUUCGGCGGACAUGCUGAGGACAAAGAGAAGAACUUGUGGCCGGCCCCCUUUGCAGACAUGAGCUGGUUGCUGGGCGAGAUCAAGCAGUUUGCUUUGCAGUCAAGUAAUUGGCUGAUUGACGUGUUGCUGGAAGACGGAUUUCUAGUUCCGACUGCAGAACAACUGCAAACGUUGGGCUGCGACCCCUCUGGCGACGGCGGCGCCACCGAACCCAGACUUCCUCAAGCCUUCCUCCGCUUCUGGCUGCCGCUCCUGAAGGUGCUCAACUCCCCCCUCUUUAUUCAUCUCCUCCUGGAGAAGCUGUUCGUUGAGCUGAAGCUGCUCUCCGACGAGCAGAAUGCUCACAGGGCUUUCUACAUCUCGGCGUGGAUUUCAGAAAUCAUUGUCUGCAACAGCAACAAAUUUGAGUACCACUAUGAAACGGAGGGACGGAGGAGGGCGAGAAUGAAGGACCGGGUCUUCGUAAACCGCAUCCAGCUGCGGUGGCAGCAGCUGCUCUCGGCAUGCCUGGAUGCUCCCUGUGUCAGCACGCCUCACCUGCUGCAGCUGAUCCUGGACGAUAUGGAGCAUCCUCUCCCUGUGGAAACCCGGCAGCGGCUGCUCCAGCUCUGCUCCAUCUACACACGGAGUGCAGACUGCGAGCCCGGCGCUCCUCUGCAGAGGAAACAGCCCGUGUACACACUGGAGAGCUUGCACGAGAAGCUGCAACAUUCGCGGCGCCUCGGCCAUCAGUGGCGUUCUGCGGCUGAAGCGGAGAGGAGCGAGUCCUCCCGUGACAACAACUGGGCAGAUGUUCAUGCUGAAAAGGCCAAAUUGCUCCGAGGCUCUCCGUGGCAGGUGUGCAGCGACAAGGUGCUGUGGAAGAACCAUCCUCUCGGCAAAGUCCCCGGACAGUCGGAUGACCCUUCGCGCCUCAUGCUGGAAAACUACUCCGCGAUGACCGUCUUUGACCAGCCAGUGGAGAGCAGCACGGCGCACAACGUCCCAGGAGCCUCUGCAGCAGGGAGGACCGCUGAUGGCCUUCUUUGGAACCCCAGUGACAUCAAUAAACUCAAGUCUGGACUGCAACUUUUUUGAGAUGUUAUGAAGCUGGGAAAUAAGCUCCUGUAGCUGUCGGCACACUGAUCAACGCAUUUUCUUUUGCAACUUCCAUAAGAGACAAAAUGCUCAAAAUAGGUCAACGUCCGUACCAGGCAGUUUGUUGAGGUAAGAAAUAUGGAAAGUAGUUAAUUAAUUGAAUAGUUGAUCAGUCACUGUUUCAGCAUCUUAAAUGUGAUCAAUUGUUGCUUUUCGGGUUUCAUACAUGAAGGACAGCAGCUGUGUUUCUAUCACAAAUGAUGUUACUGACAAGAAGUCCAUAAUAUUUUUCCACCUUUUUCACAAAGUGAUCUCAACUAACUGCCAGUCCCAAAAAUGUUCCCCCUCAUGUUUCUACCUUCUUUUUUUUUUUAAAUUAAAGAAACCAUCAUCAGUAUAGUUAAUAUGGAACGCUACAUGUAGUUGCAGCCCAAAUCUAAAAGCAUGUGGGACAUUUUCAUGCUGUCUCUAGCAUUUUAAUCAGGUGGUACCAAUGCAGGCAUGUGGAGCAUCAUAUGUGUCCCCUUAUAAAGAGAAUAAUCUGAGACUUCAUCUGGAUGUGGUUCAUUAUGAAGGUGCGCAGUGACGUCGCCGCUACAAAGGGUUUUGUGGAAAAUGCAUUUUAGUUGAAACUCCAGCAGAGGGAUAUUGUUGUAAAGCACAAGGUGAUUUUGUGUAAUACAUUUUCUUUAGUGCAUGUGUUAAUAAAGUUAAUAAAACAUUUGAUCAAA